ACGCAGCCAAUCAGCCACCGGCAGUGACGUAUAGUAGAGGGACACAGUACAGUUGCUCUCAGUUACUGGUCUGCAGUGAGGCAAGUGUCAGCUACUCAAAGGAGAUGGCAGAGGAUGCUGUACUAGGUUUCCUGGAGAAAAAUGAAGAGAUAUUGGACUCUGGCAAGUUCUCAGAGGAAAAAGGAAUCAGUCAUGAUGAGAUGGUCAAUGCUAUCAAAAGCCUUAAUGGCUUUGGAUUUGUCAUUGCACAGGACAUCAAGAGAGAGAGAUGGGUGCUUACUGAGGAGGGGAAAAUAUAUGCUACUGCUGGAUCACCAGAAGUCCAGCUCUUUUUAGCUAUACCCCCAGAGGGUAUAACACAAGAAGAAUUGCAGAAAAAGUUGGACCCUGCAAUUUUCAAAGUUGGAUGGCCACAAGCAAUGAAGAACAAGUGGGUGGAAAAGGGAAAGUCCAAUGUUUCAAGGAAGGUACAAAAUGUUGACGACACUGUUAAAGAUUUGCUUAUGCAAAUCCAGAAUGGUGAGGCAGUAGAUCCAAAAGAUAUUGAUGGUCUUAAGCGAAGAAAGUUGAUUGCCCAACAGAGUUGGAAAGGCUACUCAGUAAGGAAGGGUCCUAAGUAUGCUCCCAAAAGGAUAAAAGAAGCUACUGACCUCACUCGGGAGAACCUGCAUAGUGGUGAUUGGAAGAACCUGAAAGAGUACAACUUCAGUGCUAAAGGCCAGCCAGUUGAAGGGGGCCAUCUUCAUCCAUUGCUCAAGGUCUUCUUUGAUUUUGUUCUCCUCUGUGAUNAGUGUAAUCCUGUAUUGGGAACAAACAAAUUUCUUGUACUUUACAGCUUUUGGAAUUUUGAUGCCCUUUUCCAGCCGCAACAACACCCUGCCCGUGAUUCGCAUGAUACUUUCUUUUUGAAAGAGCCUUCCACUACAAGGGAGCUCCCUGAAGAUUAUGUUGAGCUAGUUAAGAAAGUUCAUGAAUCUGGUGGCUAUGGAUCUCGAGGAUAUGGGUAUGACUGGAAAAGAGAUGAAGCAAACAAGAAUCUAUUGCGGACACAUACUACUGCUGUUUCAUCAAGAAUGCUGUAUAAGCUGGCACAGAACAAACCAUUUGCUCCGAAGAAGUACUAUUCUAUUGAUCGUGUUUUUAGAAAUGAAGCUGUUGACCGCACGCAUCUUGCUGAGUUCCAUCAAAUUGAAGGUUUAGUAUGUGAUCGUGGUCUUAGUCUUGGUGACUUGAUUGGGGUUCUUCACGAUUUCUUUGCUCGCUUAGGAAUGUCCAAGCUUCGGUUCAAACCUGCUUAUAAUCCCUAUACUGAGCCCAGCAUGGAAAUAUUCAGUUACCAUGAAGGGUUUAAGAAAUGGGUGGAAGUUGGAAAUUCUGGAAUGUUUAGACCUGAAAUGCUGCUUCCCAUGGGACUUCCGGAAGAUGUUCGGGUUAUUGCUUGGGGCCUUUCCCUUGAAAGGCCAACCAUGAUACUUUAUGGGAUUGACAAUAUUAGAGAACUGUUUGGUCACAAGGUGGAUCUUGGUCUGAUAAAGAAAAAUCCAAUAUGCCGCCUUGGACUCAACUAAAUGGCUCACCUUUCUUACUGUGCUCUUUUGUUUGGUUAGAGUAGAUUGAGUACAGGAUAUAUAUCUUCUCAGAUUCCAUUGCCCAUUUCUUCUACACCGUAUUUUACAAGUGUUUACUUGAUGUGAUGUUUAGACUAAUUGUUGUGUUAAUUGAGGGUAAUUACUUUUUACGGAGUAUAAAAAUAAAUUCAACGAACAAUAUUUAGCUUAA